AUGACACCGCCUGAUUUUUUACUGCGCGUGCCACCUCUCAAGCUUCAUGUACGCAAUGCCACGCAGACGAGCGGAGAACCUGCUGUGUUUGAAUUGUUUUGCCGCCUGAACAAAGCGUGGGGAAACAAUGACAACCCUGCAGACGCGGUGCAGUGGAGCCUGUGGAAAACUUACGAGGAAUUUCAGGCCUUUGACAACCAGAUGCGCGCCGUCCGAAAGUCACCAUUUUCUAAAAUGAUGGUCACCGUAGCCUUUGCUCCUGGCCAUCGCGUACGUGCCUUCUUUCAUCAGGAUCAGACGUCAACUUUUCUUGAAAAACGCCGUGCCGAGCUCGAUUUUUACAUGCAGCGGGUAAUGCUCUUUCCGGACGCCACAGACUUUUCGAAAUGUGGAAGCUGUAAAGUACUGGCUGAUUUUAUUGAUGCCAAGCAGUACAUGGAUUGCAGUGGAUUGCUUUCGCCCAGUAUGGGAAGUUUCUUGUCUUCUCGAGGAAUACAACGCAGCUCUUCAAGCUCAGUUGACCGUGCAUCUUUGGUUAGUGCUUUGGACAAUGGAGACAACCACAGCUCACGAAGAAAGAUGUACAGGAUUGAGAUCGAAGAAGAACUCACUUUGCGCGGUGGACCGCAUCAGCUGAAGCGGUUUAGAAAAUGCGCUCGUGCUUUUCGCAAGGAAAAUGACCCCGUUGCAGCUGCGAAACCAUUCGUGGAGUUUUUGCAGAACGAGUACGAAACAGAAUUUGCGCAAUGGAUUUUGAAGCUCUUUGUACGCUCAAUAAAGAGUACUGAAAAACGUGAAGCGCUAUGCGUUGCUGGCGGCAUUCUUGGUGCCUCAGUUGACGGUGAGGACAUGAACGAGAGGAAAGCGCGUCAAAAUUAUUUUUUGGGCUUGGGAAAAGAGGAAGAGGCCGAACGGCCUAAAAAUGGUGAGUUAGUGGAUCGAGAGCAACUGAGCUUCGCAAACACUGAAAAAGUUGGCGGGCAAGCCAGUGACCCUGCCGUUGCAGGGCGCCUUUCUCGAAAAAAAGCUAACCGACAAAUCUUGGAGCGUGUGAACUCUCUCUCAAAUUUUAACGCUCAAAUUGUGUGCGAAUUUAAACAGGCAGCUAAGGCACUUGGAAACCACGAGAUGAGCGGUCAGGCGUUUGUAGAUUAUGUGCGAUCAACUUUUGGCGAGGGAGAAGCAGAAAAACUACUGCUGUUAGUUGUUGAGAGUGUUCCACAACCACAGGUUCAAAGAGAACUGCGGCUCGCCUUAGCGAAAUAA